CGAUUUUUGGUGGGCAAUCUUGACCUAGACGAGAUGAUAGGUAAAGCAUUUCAAUUCGUUUUCAUUACAAUCUGAGCACGAACCCCUCCAGAAACAGGUUAAUUUUGAGACUGCUCGUCAGGCAAAAGAACAAGUUGUAGUCAAGAAUUGUUGAUAAGUGAUUUUCACAUACACUAAACUAGUAUUUUCGUGGACGGUCACUGCCUCCUUACGUUCUUCCUUGACGACUUUUUCAGAGAAUAACGAAUACGCAUAUGAAUGUUGAUAGAUAAUGUCAAGUUUGUUGUAUGGUAUUUUUCUUCGAUCCAGCAGAAUUACAUACAAAUUGAAAUUUGUACGAUUAUCUACUUCUUCUACACUUCCUCCUCCCAUACUAGUUGUCGAGCAGUCUAGGUACAUCUAGUAGAUGAAGUAGGGAACAAACGAUGCAUCUAUAAACUGAUGACGAGGAAAAAUAUCACCGUUAUUGUACAUGCAGUCUACCCUACUUGUUCAUCUAUGGUAAAUGCUUUUUUUGUUCUUCCUCAUUCAGCAAGAUUCUCUCACUCGAAAUUUUGAAAAUUCACAACUUGUGAGUUCUUUCACUCCGACCUAAGUCAUUGACAUCCUUGAUCAGUUCUUUCGUGUAUGUAUCUAUUUUUGUUUUUGCUGGUUCAUCUUUUUCUUUCAUCAAUCUUUUUGGUAUAGAUGAUCAACGCAACACUGCAUCACCUCAAGUUCGGCGAAUUCAUUCAUUCACUCUAAAAUUCAUUCAACGUAUAUAUAAUUAACUUCGAAUUUUCUCAAUCAGAAUUUUCGUAAAUAUUUCAUGAAAUUGAUAAUUCAAAUUUUCCUAGAGCUGUCGUCGUAUUUUUGAUAUUGUUCUUGUUCUUAUGAUAAAUUUUUCUUAGAACCUUCUCAGUAGCAGUACGAGCAGGAAGAAGAUGCCUGAGUCUACUUCUAUUAUGUCCUCCGCCAGCUGCUCGUCUUAUUCUUGCAUGUGGUCCGUCUUUCUCUUGCGCUCCCUCGCCGAGGGGUCGUGCAAAAGUUGAUACCACGCAUUUGUACAACAUCUCCAUUGUUUGAAACAGAACAAGAGCAUGUGUUUUCAACCUUACUGCGUCUGUCUAGAAGCAGCUAUGGGUGACUGAGACUACGUCUGCGAAAACAGGAGAAGAGAAAAAGACGAGAAUGCCAGUUAACGAGCUGCUUGACGAGAAGACGGAAAUUAACCAGAAGCAACAAAAAUCAUACGGCGACGUUGCCCGCUAUAGCGCAUGUUCUACCACAAAUAUAGACGGAUCAUCAAGAAAUGAUACAAACGGGGGGAGCGCACUAGAGAAAGCCAUGCACAUACUACCACAUCGAGCACGACAGGCUCCACCACCACCACCACCACCACACGCUCUCGGUGGUUAUCAACAAAAUCUUCAAAGCAAAGCUGCCUCCUGGGUAGAUCUCCACGACCACCAGCAGGCUGCUUACACGAACAUGACGAGCACACCUACAUCCAGCGGAAGCGCGCCACCAGCGCACCAUAAACAACAGGGAAGUGCUGCGGGCACCAAUUCCUCCCCGGCGCAGCAGCAUCUGCACGGCGGUGCCGCUUUAACCCUUGGCGCCCCCGCUGACCACUCAUGGGCGCAGUACCCAAGUGCCCCUCUAGAAAACUACAAUAAUGGGUGGCUUCUCGCAGGUGCGGCUUCGUAUAAUCAGCACCAAGAUAAUCAUAAUACCUACCAUGGUCGUGGUCCAGCUGCCGGAUGGGUCGGCUAUGGCUCAAGCAGCAGUAGUAGUAACACCUAUCAUCAUGGGGGUUGGGGCACUGCGGCGGGAGCACUUCACUACAAUUCCGGCAAAGCGAACUACCUCGUCCCUUCAGCAACUUCACCACCAGUGUCUGCAUCCUCGGUAGACGCGAACGCCGAAGGCAGCCGUCUGUCUUAUGAGGCCUUCAACAACUCCAAAAAAAAAGGAAAGAGUAAGAAGAAAAUGAAUAGCGACAAUGCAGCAGGCGGUAAAAGUAGCAAAUCAGGCGCUGCCUCAUCAAGUGGUGAAGCAGCGCUGCCAGAAGGCAGCACCUCUUCUUCUCAUCACGAGACACAAGCCGCGUCAAUGUUGAACAAGGCUAAAUCUUUGGGAGCAGCUUCAGCUGGCAGCGAUAAUGGAGUUUGCGGUCCAUGGAGCAAUCGCAGCGAAAAUGGGGAGCAAUACACAAACAAUUAUGGUGUCACUCCGCAUCCGGUUCCGGUAAGCAACAAGGGGCAGCGCCAAUACGACUACCAGCAAGGCGGCCACGGACAGCAUGAGUCUACGUCAUCAACACCCUCAAGAAAUUCUACUUUCAGUGCUGGAGGAGCAGGAUCGUGGCAUCAGCCUGGACAGCAACAUCAAAAGCCCCUUUCGAGAUGGCACACGUCAACGAAUGCGAACACAAGCACGAACUGGCGACAGAAAAGCUGGGCAGAGAAUGAGGCAGUAGACGAGCACGCCCGCUCGCGAUACCAACAUACAACAUCGCGAUAUACUCAUCAGAUGGCAUCGCCAGGCACACCAGACGCAAGCUCUGGGAACUACGCUGGUACUUUUUUUUGCAACAGAAUGGAUAGAAGAUUUUUUUGCGUUAAUUAUGUUGUUUGAAUUUUGAUUUCCACUCGUUCUGCUUGUUGUUCUUGUAUCCAAAGAAUCUCUGCUUUUUUCUUUUGCCAGGAUUCAAUGGUUCCAGUCCAACGCCAGAGUCGCAAUGGAGUUCCAUGGGCUCUCGGCAUAACGGUACAGCAGGGAAGCCGACGGGUGGAGGUCAAGAUCAGAGUCGCACUCCGAAAGGAAGAAGUACCAGUACCCCAGAAGGCAACGCUCCAAAAGGUAGCCCCUUGAGACCGAUUUCCUCCUGUUCUCCACACCAAAAAGGGAAUUCACAGCCUAAUGGCGAGUUUGAGAAUCCCAGUAAGGUGGAGAUGAAGGAUACGACAGUGUUUACGGGGUUGCAGGUAGAAGAAGGCACUGUCACUAUUUCAGAGGAGAAGUUGCACACUCCAAGCAGAACACCUGCAGACGGAGCAUCGCCAACAGCAACUGCCAUUACCCCUGGUAGUGUGCGUGUUCUCAGGCGAAAUGAGAGCACGAAAAACGGCGCUCCUGGACAGAAAGAUGGCCUCAUCAUGAGCACGCCACCUCCCACUCCCUCCGAUAUGAUGAUAGAUGCCGACCGCUCGCGCAAUUUGGAUCAUGAGGACCAAACUUCUAUGCUAAACCAAACUAUAGUAAAGAAUAUUCACCAGGGAGACGGUGAACCGAGUUACUCUCCUGGUGCUGCUGCUGGUUCUUGUUCAACAGCUACUGCUUCGUCGUCUACUGGCGGCUGCGAAAGCCAUGAUGCCCACGACGAAAGCAAAAUAGACGAGCCACUGCCUGCUUCAUCUUCGUCAGGGGCCACAUCAAACGCCGUUGGUGUGCAACCCGCGAAUGCUACUACGGAAGAUGUUGGGAACGACAACGGGACGAGGAUAUCUGCAAGAACAAGUUCUCGAGAUAGUGGAUUACCGCUAGUCGAGGUCGUAGCUGAUGAAGCCCAACAUCAAGCUCCCAGCGAAGAAAAGGCAGCAAAAGCGUUUUUGUCCCAGGUUAUCGACCAAAUAAUGCCUUCACCCCUGGCAUCACUUCCGCAAAGCCACGCAGAGGAUGCGGAAGAUGCGGUAACGUGCAACGAGAAUGAUCAUCUCCGCGCUGCUGCUGAAGAGGAGGACGGGGAGUCCCUUCCACCUCAACAGGCAGAUGAAGAUAUCAAAGACAAAGCAGCAAGCAGAGAAAACGGAGAUCGAACUGGUGUCGAUGCGAGCAUCACUAUCAAAACACUGGCCAAUAGUUCGCUUCCAGAACUCACAUGGUCUCGUUCCGCCCCGGCGACUGUUGGAUUCGACGCGGUUAGGCUCGAUGACAUUCCUACACCUCGUAGCGCUCCGUCCUCGUUCUCCUCGUCUGUGUUAUUGGGGUGUCAUGCUGGAAAUAAGAACCAACUUUACGUGCCGAUUACUCGUGGUGAAGGAGAGAGCGCCAGCAGCUCCACUAGUUGUUCUGCACGAUCCGGAACUACAAGUUCGACGGCUUUGAGAACCCUCGGCUCUGCCAGCAGUCGCUCCGAGUCUCAAAAACUCCGUCCUCCCUCAGCGAGUUCGGAUCAACAUCUUCUCAAUCCGCAUACGCGGCAGCAAACCUUGCCAACAUCGUCCACCACGCAUCCGACGUUUUCAUCCGCGGCAUUUGAAGAGGUGACAGGUCGCUAUCGAUGUGGGACAUGGGCCGCACCUGCUCCUGCGCCAGUGGUGACAAACGAGCCACCUGCACGUUGCUCUUCUACAGAGCAAGAGAGCGAUGACGCUGUAGCCACACACGGACACGAUGGCGAGGAUGGAGAAAAUUUGAGAGCAGGAGAACAACUACGAGAAGGGGCCGCGCAGACGACAGAUGGAGAUGCAGCAGUUCCAGUUGCUAGUUUGGCAGGAGCCGUGGCUAGUAAUGCUGAAGAAAACCAAAAUACGGGAGAAGAUCAGGCGACUUGUGUAGAUGCUCCAGAAGUCGCUUCUAAUUCCUCAAAUACUGACGAUCAUAAUGAUGCUGAGCAGAAGAGGGACGAACAACGCAGGAGUAGUGCAGCCCCGUCUCUAUCUGCUGCUGCUGCUGCUGAAGAUGAUAAUGUACAUCACCAUGGGGGUGCCCAGGACGUGGUCAAUCGCGACGCAUCUCCCACUCCUGCUAUAGGACCUAUCCCCUCGUCUACUGACGAACCUUCGGUUGUCUGCCAAAACCGAAUAGUUACCGGAAGUUUGGUUCAACUCGACGUCGACGAGGCGAGUGCUCCACCUUCCUCAACCUCGAAUACAGCUGGAAUAAUACCGGGGCUGCACGAGGAUGCGGUAAUGCUCAUGCCCGGAGAUAGUAAUGAGAAUCGAACAGAAGAGGAAACGAGUACAGAGGAACAAGAAGGCAAUCGCAGCACUGCGUUGGUCGAGGAAGCUGAUAACAAAAGGAGCGAAGAUCAAGCAGUGGCCACAGCACUAAAUACUACGUUAGCGAAAGAUGAGAAGACUCCAGAGCGCACAGCUGCAGAUCCACAAGUGCUUUCAUCGGCAACUGUGGCCGAUGCGAAUAUUUCAGUACCAGAAGAAGGACCAGAAGCUGCAUCUACAGGGAAGAGUGCAAUCUCGAGUUCAUCCGUCCAAGUAGAAUCAAAAGCACCACCAGAAGAUAAAACGGGGGUGGUUUCGGCUGCUCUCGACGAAAGUGCGAAUGCGGAAUCUUCCUCGUUAAAAAAUAAUGCGAGGGCCACACCAGGUGCAGAUGCUGUAGGCCACGGAGGAGAAGGGUCUAGUACUGAUAGAUGGUCCCGAGGACAAUUGAAGAAGACCCUGUCACCCGAUUUCGAUAUUCCCCUUGAGGCUACGAGCUGCAUAUCUCCGCGAAAAGAGGACGAGAGCACUACGAAUCAAACAGGUCGUGAAGGGGAAACCAUUGUGCUCGAGAAACGCGCUUCAGCAAGGUCGAGUGGUGCUUCCGACGAAAUUUCUAGCUUGGGAGCCUCGCCUCCCGAGGUCGAGGAUACAGAGGAUCAUGACGAAAUGGCCGCACGACCGCCUUCAUCGAAGAACAAUGCUGGCACCUCCUCAGCCAGCUCCUUUUCUACUGACAAGAAAGACGAAAUCCCUGGCACUGCAACACCAACAUCUUCCAGUUGUUCUUCAUCCUCCAGCAGUUCUUGCAGCACCAGAUCUCAACCAAAGCAUACGAAACCACAGGAAGAGUGUAGUAGUAGUUCCUCUUCGCCAACAAACAUUGUCCACUUAUCCGAAGCGCAACAUGCAGAUGUUGGUGGGAAAGUGAGCAGUGAAAGGCACAUGAGGAAUCUUCAAACAUCAACAUCGACAGCGAAUGCCGCAUCAGCACAGCCACAAGCGCCAGAGCUGCCAUCUCUCGCUGAAAUCGUUGCGUCUGCAGCGCCCAAGACGGAAAAAGCGCGACAGCAUCUGGUGGAGCAAGAAUCACGAAGCCCAACUGUGAUCGAAGAGGAAGCUCGCGUUACGGCCGAAAUGGAAAGAGCUCGAAAUAUUUUGCUCUGGCUAGGUACGUCAAUUUGUAAUCCCUGUUUCUUUAAGGAACUUUCUUAUGUGCGCGCAUGAGAAACUUUCUUAUGUGCGCGUAACCCUGGAUCGGGUUUAAUGCCACUACUAAUACUACUACGACUACUCCUGUAAAUGAAGAAGUUCAUAGGUAUAAGUUGGAACAAUGGCGAGAAACAACAACUAGUACAUCUUGAUGUUGAUGUCCUUUCUUUUUGAUGUCCACUGUGUGACCACUGAUCGAAACGAACUACGAUACAAUUCCAAUCAGGCAAACUCUUGCUACAACAAUCGUGCUCGCUGAACUACGAACAGGUCAUCACGCUACCCCGCCUACCGCUCCUGAGACGACCAAAGAAAAAGCUAGUACACCCAUUGCUCGGAGAAAUCUUAUCAACACUGGGUUUUUGAAGAAGGGAGAACAGCGUGAAGAACUACACUACGCGUUGAACUUUCUUGGCCAGCAUGCUUACGAAUUGUAUGGUCCCGAGAUGGAGCAGAAGAGCAUCGCAACAGAUUUUCUCUUUCUUCCUCCUCCACCGCCACCACGAAGAAAGUAUAAUUGACAGCCACUUACAUCAUCCUCUACCGACAUAUUCUCUUGAGUACUAGAGUGAAUGUCACUGUCGAAAAAGUUGUCUUGGUACUCUACUGGAUCAGAAUAUAGUGUGGGUAUGGAGGAAUUCAUUUGCAUUUAUUUAAUCAAUGCAUAUCCAUAUUUCUAUUUGGUAUCGAUACGUCAUUCAAGUGGUCUCUCCCCACCACGACCAGGUCAAGAGCAGUACAAGAGCGGGAAAAAAGUUUCAUAGAGAGACAUUGCAGUACUGGGAUAUUCGAAAAGGUGUUUGGAGCUGCCGAAGAGUAUUGCCUACAUGACUUCUGUGUUCGUAUUCCUCUUAAUACUGAGUUCUUUUCUUCCAUCACAAGAUCAACAAGAGGACUUGAUGCUGUUUCUGUUCUAUGCGUACUAGAGUAAUCUUCUCCCUAAACAUACUCCUUCCAUCGUCUUUGUUUUUGUACAUCAUCUUCUUCUUCUUCAGUCAGCGUCAACUGAAUUGUACAUUUAUCGACGUUCUUGAGACGAGUUUGUGUUCCGAAUCAUUCGUGUAAACAUCCUUUCCCAACAGACCAUCUCCCGUGGCUGCGAAGCGGCGAAGCAGUGGAGGUCGGCCAAAGAAGAAAGAGGAGGAAGGCUAUUGCCCUCAGCAGUAGCAUUCUAUCAGCUUUCCGGAUGACUGCACCACCGGAACUUUGCAAAACACUAGACGCACCAAGCCCAGUUGUAUAAUCAUGUUAGGACGUUAAGGUCAUUGAUGAAGAUGUCAGGCGAACAAUGAACAUCUGGUGACGACGAAUAUGAAAUCUGGUGACGUUCAAUGUGCGGUACUAGCAGAGGUUAUAGUAGAUUACAAUUACUAGGUUUAGGUUUAGCAGAGGCUGCCACCGAUUUUCAGGAAUAAGUAAAAUCUGAUCGAUGUUCAUGUGGAAUUGGCAAGUAGGCAAAAUCCCGUUUUCGCCCUCCUCUCCUGUUCUUGAGUCUUGACUCAUAUCACUCAUAAAACUCGUCGCGCUCGUUGCAUUGCGCAAUGGUUGAAGAAUGGAAAGUUGAGUUCGUUUAAUUUUAUUACGACAGACGUGUUACAAUUUUCAUGCCCUUAUAUAGGUUAGAGUAAUUGUCAAAGUCAAGAUAAAUGUAGUCCCUACUUUCAUUCGCUUCCGACAAUGCGUGGCCAUUGUCGUCUUUUCCUAGAAAAUACGACGAGGAGAUUUUAGUCUCGGGAUAGUCGAUACCGAUAUUUAUCUGAUACGAUAUAGUUUGUCCAAACAAGAUCUCGUUGAGGACUACACCUCUACUCUGCAUUCCCCGGGGCACAACAUCCCACGAGAUUGCUAAGUUUUUCGCGGUCAGAAGACUCUAAAUCAUACUUGAAAUUGUUGGUUUUGUCUCUGGUGCGACCUCCUGCGUGUCCGAGUUCCUGCUCUAGAUCCUAGUUCCAUGACGUUGCUGUUGUUUGAACGCAGAAAAGCAUGAACCCAUUCUCCAAGUUCGACGAAACAUAUGCUGGGCAUUUCCGAC